CCUGGCGGCGGCGGGGGGCAGCUCUAUCCGGGCCUUUGGCGCUUUCCCUUCCUUUCGCGCCGGCGGCCGCUGCGAGGCGGCGGGUCCAUGUGCGUACGGCGCGGCGCGGCCCCGGCCCCUACCCUCCGCCUCCUCCUCUUCCCCCCGCCGCCGCCGCCAUGGACCCCAACACCAUCAUCGAGGCCCUGCGGGGUACCAUGGAUCCGGCGUUGCGGGAAGCCGCCGAGAGGCAGCUUAACGAGGCUCAUAAGUCAGUGAACUUUGUUUCAACUCUGCUUCAGAUCACUAUGUCUGAGCAGCUGGAUUUACCAGUGAGACAGGCAGGGGUUAUCUACUUGAAAAAUAUGAUAACCCAAUAUUGGCCAGAUCGUGAAACUGCACCAGGAGAGAUUCCACCUUACUCCAUCCCAGAAGAAGAUAGACACUGUAUUCGUGAAAAUAUUGUAGAAGCCAUUAUUCACUCUCCUGAGCUGAUUAGAGUACAGCUUACUACUUGCAUUCACCAUAUUAUCAAGCAUGAUUAUCCUAGUCGCUGGACUGCAGUUGUGGAGAAAAUUGGAUUUUAUCUUCAGUCUGACAACAGUGCUUGUUGGCUUGGAAUUCUUCUUUGUCUUUAUCAACUUGUAAAAAACUAUGAGUACAAGAAACCAGAGGAGCGGAGUCCUUUGAUAGCAGCAAUGCAACAUUUUCUACCAGUUCUGAAGGAUAGUUUCAUUCAGCUCUUGAGUGAUCCAUCUGAUCAGUCUGUCCUCAUCCAGAAACAGAUCUUCAAAAUAUUUUAUGCCCUUGUCCAGUACACAUUACCUUUGGAGUUGAUAAAUCAGCAAAACCUGACUGAAUGGAUAGAAAUCCUGAAGACUGUUGUCGAUAGGGAUGUACCAGCUGAAACCCUUCAAGUCGAUGAAGAUGAUAGACCUGAGUUGCCUUGGUGGAAAUGCAAGAAGUGGGCUUUGCAUAUCUUAGCUAGACUUUUUGAGAGGUAUGGAAGCCCUGGUAACGUUUCCAAGGAGUACAAUGAGUUUGCUGAAGUCUUCCUGAAGGCAUUUGCUGUUGGUGUUCAGCAAGUGUUGCUGAAGGUGUUGUAUCAAUACAAGGAAAAGCAGUACAUGGCUCCUAGAGUUCUGCAGCAAACACUGAAUUAUAUCAAUCAAGGAGUGUCACAUGCAGUCACCUGGAAGAAUCUGAAACCUCAUAUUCAAGGAAUUAUCCAAGAUGUUAUUUUUCCAUUGAUGUGCUAUACAGAUGCUGAUGAAGAGCUUUGGCAAGAAGAUCCGUAUGAAUAUAUUCGCAUGAAAUUUGAUGUAUUUGAAGACUUCAUUUCUCCAACAACUGCUGCUCAGACGUUAUUGUUUACAUCAUGUAGUAAAAGGAAAGAGGUCUUGCAGAAGACAAUGGGCUUUUGUUAUCAGAUCCUUACGGAGCCAAAUGCUGACCCUCGUAAGAAAGAUGGUGCUUUACAUAUGAUCGGUUCUUUGGCUGAAAUUCUUCUAAAAAAGAAGAUAUAUAAAGAUCAGAUGGAAUAUAUGUUGCAGAAUCAUGUGUUCCCUCUCUUCAGCAGUGAGCUGGGUUACAUGAGAGCACGGGCUUGUUGGGUUCUUCAUUAUUUUUGUGAAGUCAAAUUUAAGAGUGACCAGAAUCUCCAGACAGCCUUAGAACUCACAAGACGGUGUCUGAUAGAUGAUAGGGAAAUGCCUGUGAAAGUGGAGGCUGCAAUAGCACUUCAAGUUCUGAUCAGUAAUCAAGAGAAAGCUAAAGAAUAUAUUACUCCAUUCAUUAGACCUGUAAUGCAAGCUUUACUUCAUAUUAUAAGAGAGACUGAAAAUGAUGAUCUUACUAAUGUGAUUCAGAAGAUGAUCUGUGAAUAUAGUGAAGAAGUUACCCCAAUUGCAGUAGAAAUGACACAACAUUUGGCAAUGACAUUUAACCAGGUGAUCCAGACUGGACCAGAUGAAGAGGGCAGUGAUGACAAAGCAGUGACAGCAAUGGGAAUCUUAAAUACUAUCGAUACACUUCUCAGUGUAGUUGAAGAUCACAAGGAAAUUACCCAGCAGCUGGAAGGGAUCUGUUUGCAAGUGAUUGGAACAGUUUUGCAGCAGCAUGUAUUAGAGUUCUAUGAGGAGAUCUUUUCCUUGGCUCAUAGUCUGACCUGUCAACAAGUUUCUGCACAAAUGUGGCAGCUUCUUCCGCUUGUUUUUGAAGUCUUUCAGCAGGAUGGCUUUGAUUAUUUUACUGACAUGAUGCCUCUCUUGCAUAAUUAUGUUACUGUUGAUACAGAUACACUUCUGUCAGACACAAAAUAUCUUGAAAUGAUCUACAGUAUGUGCAAGAAGGUCCUUACAGGAGUUGCUGGAGAAGAUGCAGAAUGUCAUGCAGCAAAGCUGUUAGAAGUGAUUAUUCUUCAGUGUAAAGGGCGUGGCAUUGAUCAGUGCAUACCCUUAUUUGUGGAAGCUGCAUUAGAGAGAUUGACCAGAGAAGUGAAAACAAGUGAACUGCGAACAAUGUGCCUCCAGGUUGCCAUAGCUGCUUUGUAUUACAAUCCUCAUUUACUAUUAAAUACAUUGGAAAAUCUUCGUUUUCCCAAUAAUGUGGAGCCUGUCACCAAUCACUUCAUAACACAGUGGCUUAAUGACGUGGACUGUUUCUUGGGACUUCAUGAUAGAAAGAUGUGUGUGCUUGGCUUGUGUGCUCUUAUUGAUCUGGAGCAAAUACCACAGGUUUUAAAUCAAGUUGCUGGCCAGAUCCUGCCAGCUUUUAUCCUUUUAUUUAAUGGAUUGAAAAGAGCAUAUGCCUGUCAUGCAGAGCACGAAAAUGACAGCGAUGAUGAUGAUGAAGCUGAAGAAGAUGAGGAAACAGAGGAAUUGGGGAGUGAUGAAGAUGACAUUGAUGAAGAUGGUCAAGAAUAUCUAGAAAUUCUAGCAAAACAGGCAGGUGAAGAUGGAGAUGAUGAAGACUGGGAAGAAGAUGAUGCUGAAGAGACUGCUUUGGAAGGCUAUUCCACAAUUAUUGAUGAUGAAGACAACCCUAUUGAUGAAUAUCAGAUAUUUAAAACAAUUUUUCAGACAAUUCAGAAUCGUAACCCUGUGUGGUACCAAGCUUUGACACAGGGUCUUAAUGAAGAACAAAGGAAACAAUUGCAGGACAUAGCAACUCUGGCAGAUCAGAGACGAGCAGCACAUGAAUCCAAAAUGAUUGAAAAGCAUGGAGGAUACAAAUUCAAUGCUCCAGUUGUGCCAACUUCAUUUAAUUUUGGAGGCCCUGCCCCAGGAAUGAAUUGAAUUAUCACUUUUCCUGCUACUGUGUGAUUGUAGUGAAGAGCUUGUGUUCCUCCCAAUAGUGGUUCCAGAACUGGUUCAUGUUAUCUACAACUCACUCUAAUUGAUAAAUAGAUUGGACAAAAGCCCCAGAGGUGGGACCUGAUCAUGCAACCUAAUACUGGAAAGCAAACCAGAGGGUUUUUUUGAAGAUAGGAAGAAUCUGAAUUUAAAGCUUCAAAUGACACACUUUGGAAAUCGGAAAUCAAGAGGGGAUGUCAUGAAGGCAGCUUUUCUUUUUCUGAGGAAAAAAAUAGGCAUGGGCUGCAGGACUAUUUAAAAUGUCUCAUUUACAGUACAAGCUAGAAGGCAGACUUAAUUUUUACACCUGUGGCGGUAUGAGUAUUUGCCCAAUUUAUUUCCCUUUUCUCCCUUCCUAUUGGGUGUCUAUUCUUUUAAUGUAAAUAAGAUAAGGUAAUCAGAUAGCCUUACUUAAUCUUCAUCAUUUCCAUUUAUCAAGAUUGUUCAUAUGUAGAAUAUUGGACACUUAAUGUAGCACUACAUAACUGAUAAAUCUGUAAAUGAAUUAGCACUUUCAUAUUGAAACAAGCCUGCUAGCCUAUGUACAAAAAUAGCAAAAUGUUUGCUGUUUAUAAAAAAUAAAAAUAA